GCCUGCCGCCACCAGGCCAGCCUCCGCCGACCCGUCCUCGCCGCCCAACAACCACCCCGACCACGAUCACGACGGCGCGACGUCGGUGACUUCGGGCGAUUACCGGACCGCUACUCUCGUGGAAAAGAAGGUGACCGAUCUGGUCACCCCGGCCUCGACCAGUAUGGAGUCGGACGAGGAUUUCAUGAGCGUGGGCUCCAGCAACGAUGACUUUCUGGAUACCCAGGACAGCGACGACGAUAGCCUAGAAGAUUUCGGUGACGAUUUCGACGGCGGGUUCUCCAAAGAUAAGGACAUCAUCGCCACCUCCCGGAAGCCGUACGAGGUCGACUUGAAAGUGUUAAGUCCCGGAGACAUCGAGCGCGAGCAGAACAUUCAGGUCACCGAGGUCUCCUCGAUUCUGGGUCUCCCCCCAGAGUCGUCGGCCAUCCUCCUCCGGUACGGGCGGUGGAAUCGGGAGAAGCUGAUCGAAUCGUAUAUGGACCACCCCGAGCAGACGCUGGACGCCGCCGGCCUGGGAAACCAUUUCGAGACGAACCCCGUGACCCAGAAGGUGCCGGGCUUUAUGUGCGAGAUCUGUUGCGAGGACGGACCCGACCUCGAGACCUACGCUAUGCGCUGUGGGCAUCGGUUCUGCGUCGACUGUUACCGGCACUACCUCGGACAGAAGAUCCGGGAGGAAGGGGAAGCCGCCCGGAUCGAGUGCCCGGGGGAGAGCUGCCAUCUCAUCGUCGACUCCAAGUCCCUCGAGCUGUUGGUCACGAGGGAUCUGCGCGAUAGGUAUCAUGCCCUUCUCAUGCGAACGUACGUGGACGACAAAGAGAAUCUGCGGUGGUGCCCGGCGCCCAACUGCGAGUAUGCGAUCGACUGUCCCGUGAAGCAGCGGGAUCUCCGGCGCGUCGUGCCGACGGUGCAGUGCUUCUGCAAGCACUUUUUCUGCUUCGGGUGCACGCUGAACGACCACCAGCCGGCACCGUGCCUACUGGUGAAGAUGUGGCUCCAGAAGUGCGAGGACGACUCGGAGACGGCCAACUGGAUCUCGGCGAACACGAAGGAGUGCCCGCGGUGCCACUCGACGAUCGAGAAGAAUGGCGGCUGCAACCACAUGACGUGCCGCAAGUGCAAGCACGAGUUCUGCUGGAUGUGCAUGGGACUGUGGUCGGAGCACGGGACGAGCUGGUACAACUGCAACCGGUACGAGGAGAAGUCCGGGUCGGAGGCGCGGACGGAGCAGGCGCGGUCGCGGGCGUCGCUGGAGCGGUACCUACACUACUACAACCGAUACGCGAACCACGAGCAGUCGGCCAAGCUGGACAAGGACCUGUACCUGAAGACGGAGAAGAAGAUGACGAGCCUGCAGUCGCAGUCGGGGCUGUCGUGGAUCGAGGUGCAGUUCCUGGAGACGGCGUCGCAGGCGCUGCAGCAGUGCCGGCAAACGCUGAAGUGGACUUACGCGUUCGCUUACUACCUGGCGCGGAACAACCUGACAGAGAUCUUCGAGGACAACCAGAAGGAUCUGGAGAUGGCGGUGGAGAGUCUGAGCGAGAUGUUCGAGAAGCCGGUGCCGGAGCUGUCGAAGCUCAAGGUGGACAUUCUGGACAAGACGGCUUAUUGCACGAAGCGCCGGGUGAUUCUGCUGAGCGACACGGCGGAGAAUUUGAAAAAUGGGGAAUGGACAUUCAAUGUGGAAUGGUGAUUGGUAGAUAGGCUAGACGUUUCAUAGAGUGAGGGGCAGUCUGGAUUGCCGGCUCGCGACGGAGGACGAGACAUUGACGACCUGCAUGACUACAGCGUAUGAUCUGACUUUGUUUGAUCGGUUUUUCUCAUUUCUCACUUGUUUUAUUUCAUUAUCUUCGCCAUGGGGUGAACUGCAUAUGACCGACCUCGGACAGCUGUGUAGGUAGCAAGGAUGUAUCUAGUAUGAUAGUAGGACAGAAUUGGCAUUAUUUACUACUUUA